CAGCAGCCCCUGCGAGGCUGUCCCGGAGACCCCGCGCUGCCUGCACCUCUAUCGUCUCGGUUGUCAUGGAUGAUGAAGAUGGCAGGUGCCUUCUAGAUGUAAUUUGUGACCCAGAAGCUCUCAAUGAUUUUCUUCAUGGAUCUGAGACCCAUUUGGACACUGACGACCUAUUGGAUGGUUCGAGUGACCCCUCAAGCUCGUUCUUCUCUACCACUGGGGGCCAUGUUCCAGAGGUCCAACCCGCAGUCCAGCUGUCGGCCAAUGAGCCGGCAGGCCUACCCAGAGUCAGUGUUGACCUGGACUUCCUUGAAGAUGAUGACAUCUUGGGAGGAUCCCCGGGAGGUGAAGGUGGGAGUAAUGGGAUCGGGACAAAUCACGAGCCAUGUGACAUCCUGCAGCAGAGCUUGGCUGAAGCCAACAUCACAGAGCAAAGCUUACAGGAGGCGGAGGCUGAGCUGGAUCUGGGCUCCUUUGGAAUUCCAGGCCUUACACAGGUGGUACAGACACUGCCUGACGCUAGCCUCUCUGGGGCUGGAGGCGCUGCACUUGGUUUAGGUGUUGGGGGAGCAGCGGCAAUUUUCCCUGGUUCAGCCGCGAGCGCCAUGCCUACUCCUUCCAAUGCCACAGCUGACAUGCUGGGGUCGGUGCUUGCUCAGCAAGGUCUUCAACUCCAAUCCCAGGUCAUGAACAAGACCAUCAGUGUUCAGCCUUUCAUGCAGCCAAUGGGCCUGGGAAAUAUGACACUUCAACCCAUUUCUAGUCUCCAAGCUCUUCCUAAUGGGAGUCAGUCUGGACAUUUGGGUAUCGGACAGAUUCAGGUUGUGGGUCAGCCUACAGUCAUGACUAUCAAUCAGUCUGGGCAGCAAAUCCUGACAAAAGCCAUGGGUAGUUACCAGCUGCACCAGUCUGGGCCAGAAGUAUCAGGUGCUGGUUCUCAGACGGGGCUCGGAGGCUCAGGGGGUGGACUUCUGAUCCAAGGUAACAAAGGGUCUUCAGCUUUAAAUGGACCAUCUGUUUCUGUCAGCAGCACAAACAGCAGCAGUGGCGGUACAAUGACUUCUCCUGCUGGGCUUCUUGGCUUUGGCAGCACCACUCUAAGUUCAGGAAUUGGACCCCAGGCGCAAACCCAAGGCCAAAUCAUGCAGAACGUGAUCAUCCAGCGAACACCAACACCCAUUCAGCCUAAACCCUCUCAAGGGGGAGCCAUCCAACCGAAACUCUUCAAGCAGCAGCAGCAGCACCCACAGCCAGCACCCCAAACCUUGCAAAACGAUGCCCACAAAGCUCUCGGGCUGCAACAAAUUCCAGUUUCUACUGCUCAGAAUGUAGCCUUCCUGACGGGAAAGCCAGGCUCAAACGUUGUUCUGAGUACUCAAGCCACUUCACAAGGCCAACAGUUUCAGCAAACCCUUUUCAAGCAACAAGCAGCACAAGCGUCUGGCAAGCCUCUCAGUGUACACUUGUUAAACCAACAAGGCAGCAUCGUUAUUCCCUCCCAGACAGUCCUGCAAGGUCAGAAUCACCAGUUUCUCCUGCCGCAGCUACAGGCAGGAGGGCAGAUCCUGACCCAACAUCCUGGGGGGCACAUCAUAACUAGUCAGGGACCUGGUGGACAGCUCAUCGCAAACCAGAUAUUAACUGCAAACCAGAACAUCAAUUUGAGUCAGGUGUUGACUUCACAGGGCCACCCUGGGGCCGCCCACAUCCUUUCUGGAUCCAUUCAGCUCCAACCUGGCCAGAUGGGCACGCCCACCCUCUUUCAGAUGCCUGUCUCAUUGGCUCAGAGUCAAAGCCAAACACAGACCCACACUGUCUCAGGCCAUGCCCAGACCGUCAUACAGGGCAUGCCCAUCCAGAACUCCCUCACCAUGCUGAGUCAGGUGCAGGGGCUAAGCCCCGCAGUGAGCCUGCAGCCAGCCCUGCAACCACAGCCAGGUGGUGUUCCCAGCAGCAGCAGCGGCACAGGAGCAGCAACUAUGGCUCAAGGCCAUGCUGGAGAGUGCGUCACUGUGCUGGGUAGCUCCACCGACCAGGCGGCUCAUCCCACACAGAAGCAUGCAACCCAAUCCUCUAUUCUCACCAUGCAACCACUUUCCUCCGUGUCCACUGUUACCACAGUGCCCUGUUCGUCUCCGUCCAUGUCUGUGUCCACCUCUUCCUCUGUCACAGCAGUGGGGCUGGUCCCCCAUCAGGCUCAGCACAGUCCAGGAAGGUUACUGUUCACCAACCAGGGCUCCAGUAUGAUCCUGAGCCAGGAGUCUCUGCAGAUGUUCUUGCAACAGGAGCAGCACCAACAGUCAGAGAAUGAGCCCACCCCCUCUGUGGGCGUACCAGCGUCUGUAAUCGUCAACAGCAACAGCAUCAGUGCUCCGGCCCCUGCUGUCAAUGACAGCCAAUUAACUGACUCUUGGGUGGGUCAGAGCCACAACCCUUCCCCUGGCCCCUCCCACAUGACAGCUGUGGUAAAGCAGGUACCCUCCAGUGGACAUCAGACAUCUCUGAAGAUCCAGAGCAUGUCCCCGUCGCCGGUAAUGUCCGCUCACGCCACAGCGCCCCCCGUGGCAGACAGCCCCCAGCCUUGCCAGUCUCCCCUCACUCUGAGCCAGCAGAUGCAGUCACCACACCAUCAACAGCAGUCGCGUCCUCCCUCUCAGCCUCAGCCACAGUCGCAGACUCCCUCCCGCUCCUGCACGCCCAUGUCUCACCCUCAGCUCUUUAUUGUACACAACCAAAUGUCCGAGUCCCCCCAACCCGCGCAACAAGGCCAGUCGCAGCAGACACACAUUCAAGUUCAGCUUCAGCCUCGACCGGCCUCGCAGCCGGCCCCUUAUCAACAAGAAAUGCCUCCCAUGUCACAGUCACCCAAGCCUCCUCCCACGCCACCUACACAGCACCAGUUUACUGCUUCUCCUGUCAGCACUUCUGCCACUGCUGCAGUUAAAGCCCAGGGCCCCAUCCAGGGUCUGACAGCAGAGCAGCAACACCACCUGCAAUUAAUAGCAGCACAAAUUCAGACCCUGUCGACCAUCACCCAGCCCUCCCCUCAGCAGAAACAGCUGCUGGAGAAGCUCCACCAGGUUCAGCAGAACAUUCUGCUGCAGGCCAAGCAGUCUCCUCAACCUCAAGUUACCAGUCAGUUUGGCUCCCAGCAAGAUGUGCCUGUUGAUAAAGUGGUGAUUACAUCACCAGCCAACCCUGGGACACCUGCUCAGCUUCUCUCGGUGCUGCAGCCAACACCGCUGCAAGUCAAAACUCCUGCUAUAGCAUCAAGCGACUUACAGGUAUUCUCAGGAGCCCAGGGGCCAGCUGGAGCAAUGGUGAAUCAGACUGUCACUCCUGCCAGCCUUUCCCAGCCAGUACAGGUUCAGCCAAAGCCAGGGGUGAUCGGCUCAGUGGGAGGGAUUCAGAUCCAGGUGAUAGGACCUAGUGUGUCUCAGAUGCCUGCUCCACAGCCCCCAGUUCCAGUACAAACUCAGACUACAACAAUAAAGCUGCCUUUCAGUGCUGAGCCCAGCAAAGAGGCCAAGAUGCUAGAACAGCUGAGGAAACAGCAGGGUUCAGUGCUUCACCCAAACUACAGUGCUCCUUUCCUAUCUGUUGAGGACACGUUGCACAGACUGCUGCCUUACCAUCUCUACCAAGGAACUGCAAACUCUACUCAAGACUAUCAAAGAGUGGAUGAUGAGUUUGAGAAUGUCUCCUGCCAACUGCUGAAAAGAACCCAGGCAAUGCUGGAUAAGUAUCGCUACCUGCUCUUUGCCGAGUCAAAACAGAGACUGGGCCCCUCGGCAGAGAUGGUGAUGAUAGACCGGAUGUUCAUUCAGGAGGAAAAGCUCGCAUUGAGUCAGGAUAGGAUUUUGGCCAAGGAGAGACCAGAGGAGUUUGUGGCAAACGCACGCAUGUUGGAGAGUGUAGCUUCAUCCCAACAUAAAUCCUCCUUUGCUGAGGCCCCAUCAUUGAGUGGAGGCGUACCUGCUGCUGCCCCAGCUCCGCCACUCGCAGCUCCUGCCCCUCCCCCUCCCCCUCUUCCAAAAAUUGCCCACAAUCCUUCUCCUGCCUCCACCCCUGCUCCAGUUCCCGCCGCUGCUCCAGUCCCCGCCCCAGCCCCACAACCUCCUUCCGCCAACCCUUUCCCCUCUACCAAACUAGUAAUAAAGCAGGGUGGGGGCGGAGCCUCCGUGUCCUGGUCCAGCAGCUGUCCUCCAGCUGCAGCGAGCAGGCUGACCGAACCCACCAGCCAGAGCUCCUCCUUCAGUCGCGCCCCGGCAGCAUCAUCCUCUUUCUCCUCUUCGUCCUUCAACUCUCCGGCGGCUGCCGACGACGACGCUCUCCCGCAAAGGACCAGCCGACCGCCUAUGAAGACCUACGAGGCUCGCAGGAGAAUCGGCUUGAAGCUCAAGAUCAAGCAGGAUCAAACGGGGUUCAGUAAGGUGGUCCACAACACUGCCUUAGACCCGGUGCACACACCACAACCUCAGCAGAGCAGCCAGUCCACAUCCCAGCCUCGGACUAAGCCCCAGAUCGAAGCUGCAGCGCCGCACCCAAAGUCUCAACCUUUAUCAACCCCUCCUUCCGUCAUCAGAACUCAGCCCCCUGUGUGCACUGCUUCUGCCGUGUCGUCGUUCACCACAACAACCCCUCAGUGUAACCCACCGCUGAGAGGUAAUGCUCCCCCCAAUUCGGCCCCGUCUUCCGCUACCUCUUCCUCUCACACGUGGUCAUUGUCCACAUCCUCCUCAUCCUCCACUCAAAUGAAUGGGACAUUAGAUCACGACAACAAACACAAUUCUGCCUCCACUGCCACUCCCUCACAGACAACAUGUCGUCUCCCCCUUCGAAAAACAUACCGGGAAAACAUAAGUCCCCGGGUGAGACCCGGCGUCCCGGGGGGAGGAGACGAAAGUUUGUCCUACCCCAGACCCACACCGUCCCCCACCAAGCACGACGCCUCCCCCUCUCCCCCUUCAGAGCGGACUGUUAUAGCCAGUAUGAAGGUGGAGAAAAGAGGCAGGGAGGCCUCACACACUCACACAGAGUUAGGCCACGAUUCGGGCCGGUUAGGGAGUGCAAUGGAGGGGCUGGAAGAAAUGGACGAGGUGUUUAACCGUGGUAUCAAAACUUCACAACACCAUCAUCUCCCGCAGCUCCUGGACAGGGAAGGUGCAAAGGAGAGGGGAGAAGAGCACACGGACCCAGAAACAGAUGUAAGUAAAUACAAGAGGGCGAGUGGGAAAAAUAGGCACAGGGCAGCCGGGACAUUCAGAAUGGACCAGCACGCCCCUGGGCCUCCCUCUCCGGAGUCCUCCUUCACGCGAGACUCUUUGCUUCCUGCGAAGCGCUGCAAGUCAGACUCUCCCGACAUGGAUAACGCCAGCUUCUCCAGCGGCAGCCCUCCGGACGACUCUCUGACCGAGCACCUGCAGUGUGCCAUCGACAGCAUCCUCAACCUGCAGCAGGAACCCUCCGCCCGCAUAAAGGGGGGCAACAGCAGGUCACACCAAAGCCAGCGCCCAGGGGGCUCGGCAGCCUCGUCCCACAGAGCUUCAGCACCACCCUCUUCCUCUGCUUCGUCGUCCUCGUCCUUGGCCCAGCACCCUCCGGUCGGUGGCCGGGGCCACAAUGGCAGCCUGGUUCCCCAGACUCAAAGCAGAUAACGGCCCCUCAGCCCCAGGCCAGACUGACACAGGGGAGCUAAGAGACUCAUAGGGGCUGGGGAAGUUUUUUAUUUUUUUUAUUUUUAUUUUUUUAUUUUUUGGUGAAAACGGUAUCAAUUUACUACUCUGCCACGGUGUGUUGGCUUUGUUUGUCCAUUUGAAUUGUCCAGAAAUUGUUUUGUCAUUUACAGCUUGAAGUAGACCUGUGGUGGAGUAAGUAAGAGUGUGGUCAAAGGUAAAACUGUCUUUGUGAAUUGCAGACUUUAAGAUGUCUGGCGUUUUUGUACGUGUUCCGUCAGCCAAGCUCAAGUAACGAGAUAGAAUUGUCAAGGGAUUUCUUUCUUCCUUUUUUAAAACACUUUUUCUCAUUUGGUAUUGCUACAUUCCUUCCCCGUAUCCGGAGUUCUUAACUGCAUUGGUUAUUUUCCUGGUUUACACUCAAUGUCCCAACAAGCAUCAGGAAGCUCAUUUAUACAGUUAAGUUGUCAACUAUUUUUUUGUUUUCAUACAGAAAAGAAUACAGCCAGUUUAUACUGCAAAACAUGAAAAUACUUUCCAUACCAAUACCAUGUCUUUCCAUACCAAGCAAAUUUGGUUCCCUUAUCACAAAGAUAAUGCUGCCACCUAAACGGCUCAUGCUAAAUGAAUACAGACCACCUUUUUGUCUAGAAUAAAUGUCUUCAUUUACACUACCUUCAAGGCAACUACUCUUUCUCUGGCUAAAAUGUAUUCCCCUCAGCAUCUCAUAAGUCUGCUUUUUGCAUGGCAUGCAUUUUAAAGUGUUGACAUGUUGAGGAAAUCCUUUGGGGAAAUUGGGAGGUUGUUUUCCUUUUUGACUCCUCUUGGGUACUGUAGUACUGUACUGUCAAGAUGUAAAUGAAAUAUGAGGAAAUUUGGUUAUUUUCUGCAUCUAAUUUGACAUGGUUUUGUUUUUAGACCACACCUCGACACACACACACACACACACACCUGCUCUCUUGUCCUGUGAUGCCAGGUUAGGAGUUUAUGCAUUUCAGACAGCAGGGGGCAGGCCAGUUUGAACUCUUUCGGUGUUCUCCGUCAGUUUGUUUCAUCUUUCUGCUUCUGUAUCCCUGCCUCACAUCGUUUUGUCUUUUUUUUUUUUUUUUUUUAAGGCUGGUGGACAAUUCAAACUCAAACACAGCACAAGCAUUAAAAUGGAAAAAAGGAACAAUAAUAAUGUACAAAAAGACAGUAAAAGAAUUUGAAGUAUAGUAUUACAGAUUAAUUUUGUAUUGUAUUUAUUGUGUAUAAUGACACUUUUUAAAAAGAAAUGUACAUUUAGUAAAACUGUAAAUUAAACCUUGCUUCUUUUAUGAAACAUU